UGGAGGCCUCCCGAACGAAGCCAGAACAGAGAACUGACCCACCGCUUCCCGCCAGCCGCCCGGUCACAGCUCGGCGGCCGCCCGAGCUCCUCGUGCAUCGAAUUGGGGAUGGCCGGGGCCGCCAAGAUCGCGGCGAGAGCCAGGCUCGCGCCCCACGCCUCCCCCCAUCGCCCCACCGCGCCAGGGGAGGCGGGAGGGCCAGGAGGAGGAAGAAGGAGGUCCUGGAGAGAAGAGGACGAGGAGGAGGAGGAGGCGGCGGCCGAUACCUCGCUAUCGCUGCAAUUUUGUGGCUACCCCGACGAUGGAGAUCACGGGCUUCUUUGGCUCUCCGCGACCCCAGACCCUGACGCCAGCACGUCCGCAUGAAAGCAACACAGCGAAAGGCCCCCGCUGG